AUGAGCUAUGCUGUUGUGAAGUUCAUAAAUGAAGACGAAAGUGAUGAGGAAGACUUAUUGGUGUCUGAAGUGCCAUUCUCAUGGCUCAGCAAAGAUCAGAGAUUCUGCAAAUGGCCUCCUAGUCAAUAUGCCAGUAUCUUUAUUGCAAAAAAUGUAUCUCCAAGUGAUGACUGGGAUGAACAUCCUAUAGAGCUGGAAUUUACAUGUGAUACCUUAGCAGAAGCCAAACAACGAGCCAAGAGUGGAAAACCUCAAGAAAAAAUUGGUAGAGGUUUCAGGCAAAUAAAGCCAAUUGAUUACUUCAGUCCUGCUGAAGAAGAGGAGAAGCAAAAAAAAAAGAAGAAACAAAUUCCUGCUAGUAAAGAAAUCCCUAUUGAGCCCCCAGAAUUAGAUUAUGUUGCACUGAUUGCUGAUCGAGUUUCAGAUACAGACAAUGAAAGUGAAGACAUUCCAAAUACCGAAGACAACUCAAGAAGGACCCAGAAAAUAACAGUUGUGGAUCUAGACUUGAAGGAAGCCUCAAUGGAAGCAGAUCGAACAAUCACUCCCCACAGUAGCAAUGAUGGUGGUGGGAGUACUGGAACAUUUGCCACUCUGGUUGUUGAUCAAGAUAUACACUCCAUUCACACAAAUCUUGGAAAAAUAUUGAACAUGCUAAUUGAAAUGAAGAUUGAUGUUAUGGAAAUUAAACAAAGAAUGAACGAAGGCCCCAUUGCUACAGAGAAAGAAAUAGUAUUUCCAAUGGUAUUGCCAUUGAAAAGUCUUCCAGAAAUUGAGGCACUGGAAGCUUUUGUCAAAACAGAAGAAGGAAAACAAAGUUUCACUAACUUUGUAAAAUCGAUUGGUGGAAAAGACACCAAAGAUUUCAUCACAAGAGUGUUGAAACAAGUUUUCACCAAUGCCCUAUCGGAAUUAUGUUCUUGGACAGGACGAAAAAAUAACUUUGAACUGGGCCAUUUACAAAUCAUGAGAAUCAUAUUUGGAGUUAUCAGAAUUAAUGAGGGCUGCAAUGCUAAAGAGUUUGAGCAACAUGUAGCUGAAUGGUUUCGGCACGGAAAACAGCGGCAGCUUAGGGAGGUUCUGAAGUUGAAUAAAAGAACUUUGUUGGAAUAA